GGCCUGGGACUGAAGCGCGUUUGGUUUCGUUUUAGUCCAUUUUGGAUCCACGUUUGUUCGGCGUUAUUAAGUCUUUACUGUUAUUGUGUUUGCGCUUGCCGACUUUAACGCUAAAACGUUUUGUUAUUCUCUCUCUCAAAUAAUCAAGGAGGGUUUUUUGGAUCUGUUUUCGCGUUUUCCAUCCCUCAUCAACAAAUCGUGCUCAAGCCUACUGACGAUUAGACGUUCCAGAAUAUUCAUUGUCAGCCAAGAUUAGCUCUGUGAUGUUGAGGUUGCUCGCUGUGUUUGUGUCCACUGUCUUAACUGGCGUGUUUCCGGAUGAACAUAGUCAUGUAUAUGAUGUUGCAGAAGAAGUGGUUCUAUGGAUGAACACUAUUGGACCAUAUCAUAAUCGUCAAGAAACUUACGGAUACUUUACCUUGCCCUUUUGUCGUGGACCUAAAAUUUCAAUUGAACAUACCCAUGAAACUUUGGGUGAAGCUUUACAGGGGACAGAACUUCAAUAUAGCGGGAUAGAUAUUCGAUUUAAAAUUAACAAACCUAAAUCAACGAUGUGUGAAGUUGAUGUCAAUUCAGAUGCUUACAUAGCUUUUAGUAAAGCUGUUGAGCAACAAUAUUGGUAUCAAAUGUAUUUGGAUGAUCUACCGAUUUGGGCUGUUGUUGGGGAGGUAAGCAAAGACGGUCAUCCUAGUAUUUGGACUCAUAAAGAACUGGAAAUCGGAUAUAAUGAGAAUCAAAUAGUUUUUGUCAAUUUAAUCAACGGUGACUUGACUCCUUUAAAACUGAACACCAAAAUUACAUUCUCGUAUAAGAUUCAUUGGUUUUCAAUUUUUAAUUCAUUUAUGAUGGUAUUGUUCCUUGUCGCAUUGGUCUGCAUGAUUUUAAUGCGAACAUUACGGCGUGAUUAUGCAAGAUAUAAUAAAGAAGAUGGUCUAAGCGAUUUGGAUCGUGAAUUAGGCGAUGAAUACGGUUGGAAACAGGUGCAUGGAGAUGUUUUCCGCUCACCGCCUCAUUCAUCUUUAUUAGCUAGUUUAGUUGGAACAGGGAUUCAUAUUGCCGUUGUCUCAUCCAUAGUAUUAUUUUUGGCACUAACUAAUAAAUUAUACACCGAACGUGGAAGUUUCAUUUCUACUGCCAUAUUUGUUUUCGCUUCUACUUCACCGGUAAAUGGAUUGGUUGGUGGCAGUCUAUAUGCACGCAUGUCUGGCAAACGCUGGAUUCGUCAAUUCCUUAUGGGUGCUACGUUAUUGCCUUUUCUAAUGUGUUGUUUCACUUUUCUGGUAGAUCUUGUUGCUAUAUACUACCGUACAAGUCGGUCUAUCCCAUUCUUCACAAUGCUCUCCAUCACUUCCAUUAUCUUAUUCGUAGUCAUUCCAUUAAAUUUAGUCGGUACUGUGUUAGGUCGUAAUUUAUUUGGUUUAGCGAAUUUUCCAUGUCGAGUGAAUCCUGUUCCUAAAGCAAUACCGGAAAAGAAAUGGUUUAUGGAACCGUCAUUUCUCAUUAUUGCAAGUGGACUAUUACCGUUUGGAUCAAUUUUUAUUGAACUAUAUUUCGUCUUCACAUCAUUUUGGGCGUAUAAAAUUUACUUUGUUUUUGGCUUCACUUUGCUUGUUUUAUUUCUUCUAAUUGCUGUGACAACAUCUGUUACUGUUGUGGGCACCUAUUUCUUGUUGAAUUCUGAGGAUUAUCGUUGGCAAUGGACAAGUUUUCUUUCUGGUGCAUCGAUCACGUUUUAUGCAUAUUUAUAUUCGAUUUACUACUACUUCUUCAAAACCAAAAUGUUUGGUCUAUUUCAAACUACUUUCUAUUUCGGUUAUAUGGCAUUGUUUUGCCUAUGUAUAGGGUUACUUUGUGGUUCAGUUGGAUACAUUGCUGCUUAUAGAUUCGUUCGUAAAAUAUACUCGGUUGUCAAGGUGGAUUAAAAUGCCUAAUCAUGUCCAGAUAUUGUUCCUCUUUGUUUUUGUAUGAAAUUCUUAAGCUGUGAUUAUUUUCAACGUUUUUUCCUCUUCCUCACCUUCUGUACUUUGUGUAUGUUUUUUCCACUAUUCUGUGUGACUUCGAUUUUGGUGUAAGUUGUUUGGGGAUUUUCAUCUAUGGUCAGUAUUUUAUUUCUUAAAUUAGCGUUGCUCAUAUAAGCACACGUCAAUACUUCAUUUGUGUUUGAGGAAUUCAGUUUUUAUUCUUACAUUACCAUUAAUUAUAAUUACGUUUCGUUAUAGUUUCUGAU